UAUACUUCUUACCUAUUACUACCCUUCUUGGCAAUUGCACUUGCAUUGACAUCAAUUUCCCAAAGACUAUACUUCUUCUUUUGAGUGAAAAAAAAUACCAUACUUAAUUGUCUUCAAUUAACCAGUAUACCAUCCCAAAUUUCCAAUAACUCACUUCCUAGCACCAUGGCACAACUUCCACCUAAACUAUUUAGCAGUGGAAUUGAGCAUGCAUCAUUUGUGACAAGCUAUCAAAUCCUUAAAAAAGCAUGGAAUGUUAUCUCAUCUAAUUAUCAAGACAUAGUUACAAAUGAUGGUGUUGGAUUGUGUUGGAAAGUUUACAAAGAACAAAAUCCUGAUUUGACUAUUAUAGCCUUUGAAGCUACCAAAGAUUCUUCCAAUCUUCAAAGUGAUUUGAUUUCAUCUUCUGAUCUUAAUAAGAAGAAGAAUUUUCAUCAGUUUGACUUUUUAUGCUCUAAGAAGAACCCUUCUUUCUCUCUGAAUAGCACUGCUUUUUCACUGUUUUAUGAUAAUAUUCAGAAGCUUGAUGAGCUGAAAUCUAAGAUUUUAGGUGCAUAUCCAGGAACUCCAUUAAUUGUUACUGGAAAAGGCCUCGGAGGAUCAAUAGCUUCACUCUUCACAAUAUCACUAUUAGACAACAUUGGUUCAACAAAGAAUCGACCACUAUGCAUCACAUUUGGUUCACCUCUUGUUGGUGACAGGAAGUUGCAACGAGCCAUAUCACGUAGUUCGAAUUGGAAUUCUUGCUUUAUUAAUGUUGUUUUUUGCAAUGAUCCACAUCCGAGGCUAUUCAUCACAAACUACAUGCCUUUUGGAACAUUUCUCUUUUGUUCUGAUUCAGGUUCUACUUGUUUUGAGAAUCCCGAAUCAAAUUUGGAAAUAAUAGUGACAUUAAGCAAAAUGCAUGGUCAAAAUCAAGGAUUCAAAUUAGAUGAGUACGGAAGUAUAGUCGAAAAUCUCAGACGUAGAGCAUUUUUUAAGGAUGUUUCUACGCCGGCUGGAGACAGGACUCAUUCAGAUAAACUUGUGAUUGGUAUCAGUUUGCAGUUGCAAGCACUAGGAUUGACACCAAACAUUCUGCAAGAGCUUGACAUUGAUGUCAAUGCUCUAGAAACAAAGAUAAAAAGACUAGAACAAUUUUUAAUCUUUCAAAAGAAGACAUCAUUUGAUCCAUCCAAGAAACUGAAUGAAAUGAGGCGACAUAUGGCGCAACUUGAAUGGUACAGAAAGAAAACAAAAAAUCUUGACAUAGGGUACUAUGACAGCUACAAAAACAAGAACGUAUCAGCUGAUUAUGAAGUUGAUUGGUAUUUAAAAAGCAUCAUAUUUUUUUGGGAAAAGAUGGUUGAAGAAGCUGAUCUGAAGCCUCAAAGAGAAGGCGCUGCAUUUCGUACUCGCUGGCUCUUCGGUGGAACUACAUAUAGAAGAAUGGUUGAACCACUAGCUAUUGCUCAAUACUAUAGAGACGGUGGUAAAGAUUAUAUCAAUAAACAAAGAUCCAAACACUUCAAAGCUUUGGAGGAAUGGUUAGAGGAAGGCCAGACAAAAGCUAAAAUUGAAUCAAAUCGUAUAAAUAGGAAGAAUGUGGAAGUGAUUUUGACUAUAGAUUCUUGCUUUUGGGCACAUGUUGAAGAGGCUAUACUUGCAUGCAAAGAGUUGAAGGUUGUGAAAUACAAAGAAGAGGUAUUGAAUAAAUUGGUUGAAUUUGAAAACUAUGUUUAUGGUUUGCUUAAGGAUUAUGUUGUGUCUCCUGAGAUUUUCUUGAGGCAAAGUAGCUAUAUGAGUUGGUGGAAUAAUUAUAAAGUUGUUAAGGGAUCUUCAUACACUUCAAAACUUGCUAAUUUCAUGAAUGAUGCUGGAAACAUUAAGCUGUAUGGUUUGGGAGGUUAUGACUUUCCUUGAAGUAUGUUUGUUGCAUAAUAAAACUGAGUCUUAUAUGUUGUAAUAAAUCAGGAUUUGAUCACAUUCUUAUGCUCUUAUGAACCUUAUUGAUUAAUAAUGGAAGCUUUUUAUCUUUGUUUUUCCGUUGCAAA